AUGGCUUCAUUGAUUAGGAAAGAUCCUCACAUAUCUAACACAGUCAAUAAUAUGGACUCGUACCACGCAUUAAGUGGCUGGGUGAAUGGUUUAGGAUAUUCCCCGGAUGUACAACUGAUGCCCUACUUGGAGUCAGCUGGAUUCGGGUCAGCAGUUUUGACCCGGACGUUUGAUUUGCAUUACGAAAUAUCUGCAUUGGUCGAGAGUUGGCGCCCGGAGACCCACACUUUUCAUUUGUUGUAUGGGGAGUGCACUGUCACUCUGGAGGAUGUUGCAUUGCACUUUGGGCUCCCAAUCACCGGAAGAGCCUCGCCUGGUGAUGAUGAGUCUAAUUUUUCAGAUUUGAAAUUUACAUGGCUAAAAGCAAAAUUUGAGCAUUUAUCAGUUAAUGCCACUGAAGAAGAGUUGAUGUGCGCAGCUCGAGCAUACAUUAUGCAAAUUAUAGGGGGUGUACUGAUGCCCAAUGCGAACAACAACAAGGUUCAUCUCCAGUAUUUACCUCUAUUAGCUGAUUUACGUAAUGUUUGCUCGUAUAGUUGGGGUUCCGCAGUUCUGGCUAUGUUGUAUCAUGAGCUUUAUCGGACGACAAAGCCUGAUGCCAUAGACAUAGGUGGAUGCCUUGUAUUGUUGCAGUCAUAG